AUGCCUGCAAAGAAGAGGCAAGGGGAUAACGAACCCAAUGCAGCGCCCAAGAGGUCGUCCGCCAGGGCCGAGGCCGCCAGGGCUGCCAAGGAGCAGGCCGCCAGGGCCGCCAAGGAGCAGGCCGCCAGGGAGCAGGCCGCCAGUGAAGAGAAAGCCAGAAUACAGGCCGCCAAGGAAGCGGAGGACGCCAGGGUAUCGGGUGAGAUCAUCGCGAUCACAGACCGCGUCAAGCACGACAUAGUCUUGAACUGCUGCCCGUGGGAGGCCAUACCCAAGCUGUACAUGCUCACAACCAUGCUCUCAUCCGUUGCAGACGCGGAUGCAUUCCAGCGUGCAUACGACGGCGCAAAGGGCAAGCCAUUCACCGAGACAUCCUCGGACAUGAUCAUAUUUGUGAUGAAUGUCGAUCAUCCUGAGAACCUCAGCAUCCUACCUAAACCAGACGACGGCAUUAACCAAAUGGAUGCGGAAUUACGCAACAAGAUCUGUACCGAAUUCUACAUGAGGAGUGAUCGUUACAAGAGGAAUCCCGUCUUGGACCGGAUCUUUUCUCAUAUCGGGGGUAUGUAUUUUCUGCUCACUUCGGAUUGGAAGUUUAUGUUGAAUGUCGAUCGCAUCCAGUGCAUCAGGGCUGACGGUGUGGUCGUUGCCUCGGAUGAUGGGAUGGUGAUAGACCCUGCUGGUGAUGUCACCAUGCUCUGCUUUAAGCUACAGAGCGAUGAAGAAUACAGGCACGAGGCGCUCUAUAUCUGGCUGGAUGCGGGUAGAGGAACUCGCACAUUUAAAGAUUUCUCUACAAUGUUCGGUGACGUUCUCCAGAUGUCGCAGAGGAUCGAGGGGGCGCUGAUGUACACGAUCGUGCGCUUCCUCUAUGCGCUACUGAGGAAGUCGCUGGAUAAGGGCGUCAUCGCUUAUCUCAACAUCCUUGUGGCCUUCAUGGCCUACAACAUCAGGAUGCUACUGAAGAGUGGUUCCUACGAGUCCAGCGCUUCGAAGAGCAUAGAGUACCUCUCCAGGAUAUUCCAGAAGUUCGCCACCCUGAUCUCCACUCAGGCGAUCAUCCAAUCGCUCCAGCCUCAGGAUCUAGAGACCGCCAAUGCCAGGGCCCAGAUCGAGUGCCUGUCCAUAUCGCUGUGUGUCCUGAUACUCCUUACCCUUCUACCCGGUGCGUUCAAGGAAUCCGAGGACGGCGCCCAGUUCAUGAGGCUCGUGCUUUUCAUGUUUACCAGCAACACGGAGUUCAUCAUCCAGCGCGUCUCCUUCGGCUGGACGCUCCCCUUCCUCAGCAUGGCGGGAUUUGUGGUCAUGUACAACCUCAGCAACAGCCAGGGAGGGAGAUGGAGUGAGAUCAACGUGGUGCUCUCGAAGGCCUUCACGCUCUCCCUCACCAACAUGAUGAUCCUCUCCAGCUGGACGGUGAACGUGCAUUCCAGUGACAGCUUCCCGCAGCUUACGCAGCUCGUGAGCCUGUUGGUGCUGUUCGAUGCCAUCUCCAUGGUGUACGAGCAAUUCUCGGCCAUGCGGGACUAUGCCGUCUGGCAGGGGGCGUCUCAGGUGUACAACAUGGUGGUGCUGCAGAAUAUCAAUCAGACGGCCAUGAUCGUGGUCUCGGGAUUCCUGAUCCUCAUCCUCAAGGCGGUGUCAUCCUUCUUCCCCAGCUCCAGCGCGAUCACGGAGCUCUCCGUGCUUCUCAUCAUCAACAUCAUACUCGGCAUGAUACAGAAGGUCGUCAACACCCUGCAUGCCAACGACACGGUGAUCGUGGUGAUGCUGUGGAUCAUGGCAGGCAUGAACAUACCAGAGAAUUGGGUGGGGGCCAAGAGGGCCACCGGUUCCUCCACCGUUGCCACCCCCAACGAGGGAGGGAGCAACCCCAAGAGGAACAGGAAGAAGCACCGGAUCGACCCCCCACCCAAGGAGACGGAGUCGGCCGACAGUGAGAAGGCGGAGAGCGUCACCCCGGAUGUGACGGACGACUCGGAGAAGGUCGUAGUGAACGACUGCCUCUACAACGACAUACGCUGCUGCAUCCGCUCGGCGGGGACCUCGGAGGGGCAGUCGCUGGCGCUGGACAGCAUCAUCUCCAGGCAGCCCUACGUGAAGAUGAUGCAGAGCCUGUUCGGGGCCUACAACGAGAGCUGCUUCCCCCAGGUCCCUCCAGUCAAGGUGGUGACCAAGGCAUGGGAGGAGAUGCACAUGAGGGAGCCAUUGGAGCACGAGAGGCCCUGCUCCAUGGGCAUCAACUGCGAGUGUAUGUUCAUCGAUGCCAACAUGCCAUUCACAUGCGUCGAAUUCCUCCUCCCCAACGACCCGCAGCCCCUGGAACAGCAACUGUGUGUCCUCUGCCUCAGGAAGCUGACACAGAGCAUGUUCUACGACAUCACCUACCGAGGGAGCCGGUUCAACGGCAUCAUACAGAGCCACGGGAACAUAUGCGACCAGCCCGGAGAGUACGCGAAGCAGAGGGAGCCCGUGGAUAUCUACCCGAUAUCGGAGGCUACGGCGGCGGACCUGCCCGAGCCGCUCGAAGAGUGUGAUACAGACCAGAGAGGGGCGGGUGACACCGUCUCGGAGCCCGGCGCUGGGCGCUUCUGCCCGCAGAACGCGACGAUAGACAGGGAGCUAGAGGUCCUGCACCGGAGGAUCAACUCGGGGGAUGCCAAGGCUCAGCACCUGAUCGACAGCCGGCUGAUCCUGUGCUGGCUCGCCCAGUACCACCCGGAGCUAUACCACCGGCUACCCACCGAGGGCCUGAUCCUGCACCCCGUUGCGGCCUACAGCCACCGGAACCUGCCGGACAUAGGGAGGUUCAUCAUGCAGAGCCUUGUCGAGAGGAACUGGAAGUCAAACCUCAUCGUCAACGUCGUGUGCAACAGCAUGCCCUGCCUGAAGCGCAACCGGGUGACUUUCAUGGACGAGAAGGAGUUCCAGCAUCCCCACUGCACCGUCCUCCUGAACAUCCUCCACGGGCUCCUCAUGGGCCUCUACCCCAACACGGCCAAGAGGCCAUCCUUCUGGUGCAGGGUGAGGGUAGCCGGGGAGCUCAGGCAGGCGAUGACCCAGAGCCUGAGCCUGCAGGCCCGCUUCCUCUUCAACAACCUCAACCUCCUGAAGCUGGCCAUGAUGGAAUACGUAUGGUUCAUGUGCAACCAGAACCUCGUGACCGAGAGGGAGGCGAUCAGCAAGGUGCACGGGAUGACGAUGUUCAUGGAUAUCUUCCCGAACAUCGCCGACGGCUUCAGGCAGGAGAACCUGCAGUCGUGCGAGUGGGACUGGAAGUCACUGAACAACGCGGCCACCGUCAGCGUCGACCGAUGCAUCCGGACCUGCAAGUUCCGCAUGGGGAGGGCCCCCGUGCAGAGAGACAUGGGAGGCAAGUGGAAGAGGCUCGCGGACAAUCAGGUGGACAUGUUCUACUAUGCGAGCGAGAUGCGCUGCACUACCAUCCCGGGGGUGCUGUGGAACAUCUACCGGAACAUCUACCCCGAGCUCACCGUGGAGGAGUUCAACAUCAUCGAGCACAUACACUCCCGGUGCCGGGUUUACACGCUCCCCUCGAACCUCGUCGCCUACCAGUGCCAGAUGCUGCUGGAGAAGUACAGCGACGACUACGCCCAGUUCAACAACGUCAUGAGGGUCCACAUCUGCCUCAGGUGCUGCAACAAGGGCAACGGGGAGUGGAUCCACUCGAAGCUCCGCCUCUGCAUGAAGACCAAGCGGCUGAUAUGCACCAACUGCAACCUCGACUCCACGAUCAUAUCCGUGAACAUGCUUGGGAAGAUACUGAUGAUCCAGAACGUGAGCUACUACCUCUGCCCCAUCUGCGGCAAGUGCCGGAGGUGGAACUUCACGGGCACCGAGUUCACCUGCACGGACUGCAGGCACGCCGUCUCCCGGCCCGUCGCCCACUCGAAGAAGAGGUGCUGCGUGAGGUGCGGGAAGACGACGAACCUGGAGUGGCACACGCUGCUGAACACGGAGAUCGGCGCCAACGUGCAGAUCUAUGUGUGCUCCAAGCACUCGCUUCCGGCGCAUAUCAUGAGGUUCGUGGUGGACAUCAAGGACUUCUGCCGAUCGGCCGUGGCCUACGACAGGCACAGGCUGGAGGCAAGGAUCAGGGGUGGUAACAGGAGAAUGUCCAAGACUGGGUCAACGGCUGGGGCCUCCUUUCACCCGAGGGCCUCGAUGCGGGCAUGCGACGACUGCAAGAUAUGCCGGCGCUGCGUGCAGAAGUGGGUGAGCUGGUGUGCCAACUGCAAGAGGUGCAAGAUAUGCGAGGACGAGAGGGCGCAGCUGUGGCUCCGGAUCAGCGCCCCCUUCCUGCUGCCCAAGGGGCUGCUGGGGCACAGGUGCCGAUGGGAGUGCAUCGACAUGGACCUUGCGGGGUGUGUGGAGUGCGGGGUGAUCCACCGGUGUGAGGUGGGAGUGUGCCCCGUGUCCGAGGAGGAGGACAGCCAGGUCUGUACCAUCACGGGGAACUGCGUUCACACCAAGAGGUUCAAUAAGGAUGAAUUCAUGGACAACAUCGUGAUCGAGGAUCUCCACGGGCACGGGGACGAGUGCAAGGUGUACGUGGAGAGCAGCGAGGUGAGGUCCAGGCUCCACUGGAUACUCCAGUCUGAGGUUGCGAGGAACAGCUUCUUGCAGGAGAGGUCGAGGAUGGAGCAGAAGCACAAGCACCUCAUGUGGAAGACGCUGAGGGAGAUCAAGCUCAGGAACGAGAUCCCCAACCUCUGCCUCGUCGUCACCCGGAUCCUGCACGCCACCAACAAGAUCAGGGUCUGCUCGAUCACCUUCCAGGAAGAUCUCCGGAGGUUCGUGACCGAUCGCUGCACUCACUACAUCGGCCGCUUCCUGAACAUGCUGAGCCAGAAGUUCAGGCAGGCGAUGAACUCCAUCAAGAAGAAUACGCUCAUCAUAGGCACGCUCUACCUCAUGCGCAUGGGGAUCUUCAUGCACAACGUGAUCCUGCUCCCCAAGAUGCCACAGCUACAGCUGCUCCUGCCCAUCGAGACCCACCUCAAGACCUACUUCAACGUGAAGUGCAAGAGCAUCACCGAGGUGGAGAACCUGAUCAAGAUGUGUAUCAGGAGCCUGACAGUGACGGAUCUCGACAAGAUGGGAUUCAUGAUGACAGACAACAGGGUGUGA